GAAUUGUUGAGAAUCUUUUCAAAUGGGCCCGAGAGGCUGAUCAGCCAUUGAGGACAUACUCUACUGGACUGUUAGGCGGUGCUAUGGAAAAUCAAGACAUUGCUGCCAACUAUAGGGAUGAAAAUUCACAGCUGGUGGCAAUAGUGCUUCGAAGACUGAGGGAACUACAGCUUCAGGAAGUGGCUUUGCGGCAGGAAAACAAACGUCCCAGUCCACGGAAGCUCUCUUCUGAACCCCUUUUGCCUCUGGAUGAGGAAGCUGUGGAUAUGGACUAUGGUGACAUGACUGUAAAUGUAGUGGAUGGAAGUCGAGAGGAAGUUCCUGGAGACAUGGAGAUCUCUUUUCAUCUUGAUUCAGGUCACAAGACCAGUAGCAGAGUGAACUCAGCUACCAAACCUGAGGAAGGAGGAUUGAAGAAAACCAAGUCAGCAAAACAGGGUGACAGAGAGAGCUUUAGGAAAGCCAAGCAGAAGUUGGGUUUCUCAGCUUCUGAUCCAGAACGCAUGUUUGUUGAAUUGUCUAAUAGCAGCUGGUCAGAAAUGUCCCCCUGGGUCAUUGGCACCAAUUAUACCCUUUAUCCUAUGACUGCUGCUAUUGAGCAGCGACUCAUUCUUCAAUAUUUGACUCCUCUAGGAGAAUAUCAGGAGUUACUUCCCAUAUUCAUGCAGCUUGGAUCACGGGAGCUGAUGAUGUUCUAUAUUGACCUGAAGCAAACUAAUGAUGUUCUGCUUACGUUUGAGGCACUCAAGCACCUAGCAUCUCUCCUGCUGCAUAACAAAUUUGCCACAGAAUUUGUUGCUCAUGGUGGAGUACAGAAGUUACUGGAAAUUCCUCGUCCUUCUAUGGCUGCAACUGGUGUAUCUAUGUGCUUAUAUUACCUGUCCUACAAUCAGGAUGCCAUGGAAAGGGUUUGCAUGCAUCCCCACAAUGUUCUGUCCGAUGUGGUGAACUAUACCCUGUGGUUAAUGGAGUGUUCUCAUGCCUCAGGAUGCUGCCAUGCUACCAUGUUUUUCUCAAUUUGCUUCUCAUUCCGGGCCGUCUUGGAACUCUUUGAUCGCUAUGAUGGUCUUCGUCGUCUGGUGAACCUGAUCAGUACUUUGGAGAUUCUAAAUUUGGAGGAUCAGGGUGCACUUCUGAGUGAUGAUGAAAUAUUUGCUAGCCGCCAAACUGGGAAACAUACCUGCAUGGCCUUGCGCAAAUACUUUGAGGCUCACCUGGCCAUUAAAUUGGAGCAAGUUAAGCAAUCACUUCAGAGGACUGAGGGUGGCAUUCUUGUCCACCCUCAACCCCCGUACAAGGCAUGUUCAUAUACUCAUGAACAGAUUGUGGAAAUGAUGGAAUUUUUGAUAGAAUAUGGCCCAGCGCAGCUAUACUGGGAACCAGCUGAAGUCUUUCUCAAGCUUUCUUGUGUGCAACUCUUAUUGCAGCUUAUUUCUAUUGCUUGCAAUUGGAAGACCUAUUAUGCAAGGAAUGACACUGUGCGCUUUGCUUUGGAUGUCCUAGCUAUUCUCACUGUGGUGCCAAAAAUCCAGCUCCAGUUGGCAGAAUCAGUGGACGUGCUGGAUGAAGCUGGCUCUACUGUCUCUACAGUAGGUAUCAGCAUUAUUUUGGGAGUGGCUGAGGGUGAGUUCUUUAUCCAUGAUGCUGAAAUUCAGAAGUCAGCACUUCAAAUUAUCAUCAACUGUGUGUGUGGCCCGGAUAACCGAAUAUCCAGUAUUGGCAAAUUUAUUUCUGGUACUCCUCGGAGAAAACUGCCUCAGACUCCCAAAAGCAGUGAGCACACCCUGGCCAAGAUGUGGAAUGUGGUGCAGUCCAACAAUGGCAUUAAAGUGCUCCUGUCCUUAUUGUCCAUCAAGAUGCCCAUCACAGAUGCAGACCAGAUCCGGGCCCUGGCCUGCAAGGCCCUGGUGGGCCUGUCUCGCAGUAGCACUGUCCGGCAGAUCAUCAGCAAACUGCCCCUUUUCAGCAGUUGCCAGAUCCAGCAGCUGAUGAAGGAGCCUGUGCUGCAGGACAAACGCAGUGACCAUGUCAAGUUCUGCAAGUAUGCUGCUGAGCUCAUUGAAAGGGUGUCAGGAAAACCACUUCUCAUUGGCACUGAUGUUUCCCUGGCACGACUGCAGAAAGCAGAUGUUGUUGCCCAGUCAAGGAUCUCCUUCCCUGAGAAAGAACUGCUUCUGUUGAUACGAAACCAUCUUAUUUCUAAAGGGCUUGGAGAGACAGCAACCGUGCUGACGAAAGAGGCUGACCUGCCCAUGACUGCUGCCUCCCAUUCUUCUGCCUUCACCCCAGUCACUGCUGCUGCUUCUCCUGUCUCUCUUCCCCGAACCCCUCGUAUUGCUAAUGGCAUUGCAACUCGACUGGGCAGCCACGCUGCUGUGGGUGCCACUGCCCCUUCUGCCCCCACUACACAUCCUCAGCCACGGCCCCCACAGAGUUCACUAGCUCUGCCCGGCCCAUCUUAUGCAGGCAACUCCCCUUUGAUUGGUAGGAUCAGUUUUAUCAGAGAGAGGCCAUCACCCUGCAAUGGCAGGAAAAUCAGAGUGUUGCGGCAGAAGUCAGACCACGGCGCCUACAGCCAAAGUCCAGCCAUAAAAAAGCAGCUGGACAGGCAUCUUCCUUCCCCACCUACGCUGGACAGUAUCAUCACAGAAUACCUUAGAGAACAACAUGCUCGCUGCAAGAAUCCAGUUGCCACCUGCCCACCUUUCUCUCUCUUUACUCCUCACCAAUGUCCUGAGCCAAAACAGAGGCGACAAGCGCCAAUAAACUUUACCUCAAGGCUAAACCGCAGGGCAUCAUUUCCAAAGUAUGGAGGGGUAGAUGGCGGAUGUUUUGAUAGGCACCUUAUCUUUAGCAGAUUCCGUCCUAUUUCAGUGUUCCGGGAAGCCAAUGAAGAUGAGAGUGGCUUCACUUGCUGUGCAUUCUCAGCACGGGAGCGAUUCCUGAUGCUUGGCACCUGCACCGGGCAGCUGAAGCUCUAUAAUGUGUUUAGUGGACAGGAGGAGGCCAGCUAUAACUGUCACAAUUCAGCUAUCACACACCUUGAACCUUCCAGGGAUGGAUCCUUGCUGCUGACAUCUGCUACUUGGAGCCAGCCUUUGUCUGCACUUUGGGGGAUGAAAUCCGUAUUUGAUAUGAAGCAUUCCUUCACAGAAGAUCACUAUGUUGAGUUCAGUAAGCACUCUCAGGAUCGAGUCAUAGGCACAAAAGGAGACAUUGCCCACAUUUAUGAUAUUCAGACUGGCAACAAGCUGUUGACUCUAUUUAACCCAGAUCUUGCCAACAACUACAAGAGGAACUGUGCCACCUUUAAUCCUACAGAUGAUCUUGUCUUAAAUGAUGGCGUCCUCUGGGAUGUCCGCUCUGCACAGGCCAUCCACAAGUUUGACAAAUUCAACAUGAACAUCAGUGGUGUUUUCCAUCCAAAUGGACUGGAGGUCAUCAUUAAUACUGAGAUUUGGGACCUUCGAACUUUCCAUCUUUUGCACACUGUUCCUGCUCUGGAUCAGUGUCGUGUUGUGUUUAAUCACACAGGAACAGUGAUGUAUGGAGCUAUGUUGCAGGCAGAUGAUGAAGAUGACUUAAUGGAAGAGAGGAUGAAAAGCCCUUUUGGGUCAUCUUUCCGAACAUUUAAUGCAACUGACUACAAGCCUAUAGCGACCAUUGAUGUGAAACGGAACAUCUUUGACCUGUGUACAGACACCAAAGACUGCUAUCUUGCUGUCAUUGAGAAUCAAGGCAGCAUGGAUGCCCUGAACAUGGACACAGUAUGCAGGCUAUAUGAAGUGGGCAGGCAGCGUCUAGCAGAGGAUGAGGAUGAAGAGGAGGACCAGGAAGAAGAAGAACAAGAGGAAGAAGAUGAUGAUGAAGAUGAUGAUGAUACUGAUGAUUUAGAUGAGCUUGACACUGACCAGUUGCUAGAGGCGGAGUUGGAGGAGGACGACAACAAUGAGAACGCAGGGGAGGAUGGGGACAAUGACUUCUCUCCUUCUGAUGAGGAGCUAGCAAACCUUCUAGAGGAGGGAGAGGACGGGGAGGAUGAAGAUUCUGAUGCAGACGAGGAAGUGGAACUGAUCCUGGGGGACACUGACAGCUCUGACAACUCUGAUUUGGAAGAUGACAUCAUCUUAUCUCUGAAUGAGUGAGGAGCCAUCACCACUUGCAGGAGAUUCUUGGCAGGCGAGAAACUGAGUCAAAUGAAUUCAGAACAUUUUCCCUUCCCUUUCUCCCAGGGCUGUUUGUCUUUUAAGGAACUGCAUGCCCUGCAUUCAGAGGAUUAUGGUUUAGGCAGUCUUACUGGAAUCUGAGGGUCCUUCCCAAAAGAAUAACAACCACAAAAAAGACACAGGGAUUAGGCCCUAUUCUGCUUCCCCCCUUUCUCCUAGGAUGGACAUAUCUUUCUUCAAGGGAAAAAAACAUGCCUCUGGGGUUAUUUCACAAUAUAUUUUCUUUGUAUAAUGUUCUUUACUUAAAGAACAAGAAAUAGUUUUUUAUAAAACUUAAAAAAAAAAAAAAAUAACAGGCAUUUAUAACUGAGGGUAUGAACUUAUAUCCACCAGGUCUCUUGUCCCUGCAUUUCAUUUUCUUUGGAAGAAAAUGAUGUCUAAAAAACAAUAUAGAGGCAUUUUUACAUACAUAUUUAAAUGAAAAGGAAAAUCGUGGUUUCUUAAAUUGAUAAGGAUUAAUAAUAUUUUAUUAUAAAUAUAAUAUAUGAUUUUCUAAUGUGUUUUGUUGCCUCAUACACUGUCAAGUUAACUUGUUUUCCUUCAUGCCAGAAGUGGGAAGGCACUGCUUGUUUGCCGAGUAAAUGCCUAUCUUCACCUACCUUCAUGGCUUGGGGGCAGCAUGGUUAUUGUGGAUAUUGGUUUUAUGGAGUUGAGGGAACUUGGGAUAUAAGUUCACUCCCUCUAUUUUUCUUUGUGAUUCAGUUUUUCAAAAAUCUUUUUUUCUUCCCUUUCUCCCCAAUGUGGAAAUUACAAAUCAAAGGCCUUUUUCUUUAAUGUAAAGUGUAUUUAUUUAAAAAAAAAACAAAAACAAAAUAAACUACAAGUCUGUCUUUGUU